UUUGUCCGGAUGCGGUGCGGCAUGCUUGUGUGGCCAAGAACAGAGCCUUGACUCAUGUGGGAGAAGACAAAUGGGUGCCCUAUGUGGAGUGGAUUGGAAGGAAGCCAAAGAUCCAGAGGACAUGACAAGUGUGGGAGGCUUCACCUGCUGUGUUGGUGGAGGGCCAACAGCUUGGGAGAGCAAGAAACAAGUGGACCAAGCAUUGAACUCGGUGGAGUCCGAGUACAUGGCACUCUUCCGUGCCAUAAGAGAGGUUGUGUGGCAGCGGCGUUUGCUAGCUGAAUUGGGGGAGGAGCAGCAAGGACCUAUCCCACUCUACUGUGAUAGCCAAGGUGCUAUUGCAUUGGCUAAGAACUCCGUUCUUCAUGGCCUUACCAAGCACAUGAAGGUGAAGUGGCAUUGGGUGAGGAGCAUGGUAACCGCGGGUGAAGUGGAGUUGCACUACGUGAAAACGACGGUGCAGCCAGCUGAUAUGAUGACCAAGAGGCUGGUUGAGCAGCAGCAUUGGAAGUGUUGCAAGCUUGCUGGGAUGGCUCAGAACUAAGGGGAGCAGAUUCUAAGGCCAACAAUCCGAGGGGGAGUUUGUUGGUGCAAUCCUAUGGCUUGCACUCGGCUUGUCGUCCUUGUUUGUGUGUGUGCAUGCAUGGCAUGGAAUGAAUUGUGAGUCUAUGU